CAUGUCCUGAACACAAGCGCCAUUUUUUUUUUUUUACUUCAGGAGGAGGGUGAAACAGCAUAAUACAUCAAUUAUUUCACUUUAAUGUAAAUCAUUCUUUCCUGAAUUAACUUUGGCGGCUGCAUCUUGUCUGGAGAGGUGAGUGGCAGAGCAUCGUCCAGGUGGAUUGAUUGCACACUUCCGUGACACCGAGACUGAAGCUCUCGCGGAUUGGUGAAACUAUCCAGAUACGAAAAAAAAAAAAUCGCGACAGACAUCCUUUUAUAACCGGAGACGCCAAAGCAAAGUAACAUUUGACUGCCAGUUGUGACAAUGUCCAAUGGGGUGACGCCAAAAAAUGAAUGGAAAAAUAAGUGAAAUGGAAAAAAAAUAAAGCAUGAAGCAGGAAGCUGAGGAACAAUGUAUCAAGUCCCUGUUGGAAACUUGGAAAACAUCAGAAAAACAAGGAGAAAAGUGAAACACAUUUUGAGUGACUUUGGACUGGAGAAUUGUGAAGUCCUUCUGGAAGAGCUGCAGAAGGAGAAGGAGAAGAACUCUGAUGAAGAUUCUGAUUCUGAUGAGGCGUUCCAGGAGACCGAGUGGGUGGACCUCAGUGAGCCCUUUCUAGGCAAGAGGAAGAAAAAGUGGCCGUACCGCACGCGGCUGUUGUGCUGCACCCUCUGUAAGUACUCCACCCGGAACUGGUACUCCUACAAGAGUCAUCUACAGCGGAGCCAUGAGUAUGAGAGGAAACUGUGUGCUCUGGCUCCCUGCCAGAUCUGCCCCUUCGUCGCCCACCCCCGAGUCCUCAAGAAGCACCUCCUCCUCUUCCAUGGCUCUCCGAACGUGGACCAAGAUGCAGCGUCUCUGCAUUCAACUACCAAGAAAGGGGACCGAUUUAAGUGUCGUAAAUGCCGAUAUGUGGACUCAAACCUGUUCUCAAUGAAGAAGCACGUCCUGCUGAACCACCUGGAGAAGCUGUGGCACCACUUUUCAGGACGGAUACCAGACACUAAGUUCCCCCAUUCAGCCUCCAAGCAGUUCUGUAAGGUGUGCAAAAUGGCCAUCGAAAGCACAGAGCACAUGCUGCACCACAUCCUGGCCUCUCCCACUCACCAGUGGGCCUGCGCUCAGAUAAGGACCUGGAUCUUAGAGAACACUCAGUAUGUCAAGCCUUCAAAUUACCAAACACUGGCCCCUAAAAACCAGCUGCCAAAGUUGUCCAGUCCUGAGCAGCUGGCAGGGCCCAACCAGAGCUUCCUCCCCCCUCAGGCUUCAACCCUGGUUCAGCUGGCCAGUGCCGAGGCUAAGGGCCUUCUCCAGCCUGGUGCUACUGUCAACCUGCAGAGUGCUAUGCCACAGGGGGCCAUCUCAGCCACCAUGCCCAUCGGCCAGACCAUGGUCAGACUGCCCUCUGGCACCUCACUACCUGGUGCUCCUCACAACCAGGUGCCUUUCACCAUAGGGGUCCAAGGUCAGCAGCAGGCCCAGCAGGUCUUCCUGCCCCCAAGGGUGCAGAUCAGCAUUCCAGGGAUGUCCCAGUCCCUCAUGAUGACUCAGCGCCUCCCACUGAACCAUGGGACCCCCCAGGGUACCAUGCUCCAGAGCACCCCUCAGGGUACCAUGCUGACCUCCCAGUCCCUCCUCAGCCACCUCAUCCCCACAGGCAACAAGGUCAACGGCAUGCCCACCUACACUUUCGCCACGCCGGUGGGAAUGCCCGGCCAGACGAGUAACGUCCAGCUGAUCAGCAAGGCUCCUCAACCCAUCAAACCAGCAGGUAAUCCCGCUCUCAACGCCAAAGCCAAGAAGUGGAUCACCUGUCCCAUCUGUAAUGAACUGCUCCCCUCCAAUGUCUAUGAGGCUCACCAACAGGCUGCCCACAAGGCCCAGCCCAGAACAGCCAAGCAGCAGGGCCUUGCCGCCCGCGCUCCCUUCCUCAGGAAGAUGCCUGACAAGACAGUCAAGUGUUUGAAGUGUAAGAUCCUCCUGUCUGAGAAGGGCCUCUUUGAACACCUGCUGCACGGGCUCAACUGUCUCUACUGUCCUGGGAUGUUCUACUCCAUCCAACAACUGGUUGAACACACAAAUACACAACACAACCCCACACAGAAGGCCAACUGUGACUUCAUGAGGCGGGAGUAUAGACUGUACACAGAUGACAGCGGUAACCUUCUGUUCCCCUACUUUGACAUCAACACCACGGCCCCCAAAGAGAUCCUGGGAGACGGAGAGCUGAAACUGGCUCUGGUCACCAACUCCCUGGACCUGAUCUUCCUCAAGAUGCAGCCUGGUGGUAAACAGGAAGUGUGUCGGAACCCCAGUAAAACGACGCGGACCGACUGCCCCUUCUGUGAAGAGAAGUGUGUCACAGUGGAGAACUACCAGGCCCAUCUGAGUGAGAAGCACUGCAUCGCGCCCACCGUCCACGCCAUCCUCAAGACCGCAGCGUUCAAAUGCAUCUACUGUAACGGCGUUUACACAGGCAAGACCACGCAGAGAGCUAUAGUCAUCCAUCUACAACGCUGCCGCCGUGCACCCAAGACCCCUAAAGACGCAGACAGACUCCAGUCCGCCCCCACCAAUGGACGCCAGCAGCAGGUCAUGGCCUUUAACCAGAUGAUCCAGGUGCCAGGUCUGUACUCUGCCCAGCUCCCUCCCGUCCCCAUGGCAGCAGCGCUGGCCUCCGUCCCCGUCCCCCAGCCCUCUGAGUCUCCUGCUGAGCUGCAGAGCAAACUGAGGCUGGAGGCGGCCUUCAGGGAGGCCAUGGAGGCCAACAAGAAAGCGAGGGAUGCCCGGGCAGCCUUCCGUAAGCAACGAGAGAAGGAGAAACGAGAGCAGGCACCCCUAACAGACCCCUCUAUUCAGCUAGCACUGGACCCCAGUGGGAUGGAGAAACGCCCCUCUGAGGAGCGUAAAGACUUCCUCACUAGAUACUUUCACACCAAGCCAUAUCCCACAAAGAAGGAGUCUGAGGAGCUCUCCAAGAGACUGUGGCUGACCCGGACUGAGGUGUCCACCCUGUUUGGGAUGAAGCGCACCAAGUGCAUGAAGGCGAUCCAGAGGAACAGCCCUACCAUCAUCAUGGGCUUCAACAUGACCGAGCUGAAGAAACUUAAGCACGACCUCCUCAUCCCAGAGGUGGAACCUGCAGAACCUGAGAAGAUGGCUGACCAUGAAGUGGAACCCGAAGAACCAGAACAGACAGAUUCUCCAGGAAGGGAACCAGCAGAACCAGAAAUUUCUGUUCCAGAAGAAGAUCCCUUAGAACCACAUCAGAUGGAUGUUCCAGAGAUGCAUCCUUUAGAACCAGAGCCGAUGGCUGUCUGAGUUGUCACUUCAGAGUACAUGUACAGUGUAUAUAGAUACCUUUACCUGGCUGACUGCAGCAGAUUGCAGUGCCCUGAAAUGUAUACUUUUAUAUUGAUGUUGAUCUGCCUGCUAGUGUGGUCAAGAUUAAAUGUCAACUUAAUUUUAGAUGUUUACUUAUUAUUCUCCUUUUCGUAGAACUGUAAUUCAAAUGUUGACAUUCUCACAGGCUAUAUGUUAGAACAAACCUCUGUAUACAAGUGUAAAAAAUCUAAAGCCAGGAUUUUGUUAGUUAAGUCAAUUCUGGUUCAACAAAGGGUAUUGAUUCUGAGUGACUCUCCGUUUUCAGGGGUAUGUUACGAGAGCUGUGUUACAUACAACCAACGCAUGGUUAUAUCCACCAUUUCUUUCUAGUGGGCAUCUUUUAGAGAUUUUUUCAGCCCAUUGACAAUGAUUCAGUUCGAAGGAUAUUUUACUUGCUGCUUGUUUUGAAAUGCUGUCUUAACUGUAAAAGCUAUAAAGCACACCUGUAUUUAGUAUUAUGGAAUACUCAUGGUAUACAAAUUGAGAAUUGAUUACUGACUUUUAAGCAACUAAAUCAUUAACUCAUGUUCAAAACAUAAUGAACAGUAUUUGUAAAUGUUGUUUAUCACCAUGAGUAUCAUCAAAAUACCUUUUUUCUGUAAGUGAGGUAUGAUAGUUACUGGCCAUCGUUCUCAAUAGUAACUCAAAUCUAUUAUGUGGUUAUAUGAGUCCAUUGACCAGAUGAGACUGAGUAUAAUCAUAACUGUAAGAUAUAGUCCAGCUUUUUUAUUUUCAGAAUGUGUAUCAACAGCUAUGCUAUUCUUCCCUCUAAUGAUACUAUGUAAUGGAUCGUUAUGAGUUUGCUCAGAUACUGAAUUGUUCCAUAGCCUCCAUCACUUUCACCUUUGCUUUCCUCACCCUUGUUAUGUUGCUGUUUGUGUUUUUUUUGUCCACUCAUUUUGUUGAAAGUUAUAAUUUUUUGGGAAAACAGAAUACCUCUCCUGGUGUUUUUACCAUUAUUUUCAUAAGUUAAUUCCUCUAUGGCAAGGGUGUCAAACUCAUUCCAUGGAGGGCCUAGAGUCUGCUGUUUUUUUUCUCCCUUUUCUUUUCAAUUAGGACCUAGACAACCAGGUGAGGACAAGGGAGGAGCGAAAACCUGCAUACACUCGGCCCUCCUUGGAAUGAGUUUGACUAGUGAGUUUUUCGUCUUUGUUUCUUCCUGUCACAUUUGCAAUUGAUUGUCAGGUUUAUGUACUAUAUACCUGUUGGGUUUUCUAUGGUUUCAGUCCUUGAGAAGCAUAAAUGUAUUUGGACUUGAAGGUUUGAGCCUGCUGAUGCAUUGUGGCAGAAUUGUGCAGAAUAAACACUUUUUCCUAUAAA